CGACGUCACGGCGCACCGUGCGCUGGGUCAAAGUUCAGCCCCGCCCCCGCUUCCCCCUCGCUGUCUCCCUCGGCCUGUGCCGCCGCCGACGCCGCUUGCGGGCCCUACUCCGCUCCGUCUGCUCCGCUACCUUCUCCCCGAGCACUGCCCGGCCGGCCGCCAUGGCUAACGUGGCUGACACGAAGCUGUACGACAUCCUGGGCGUCCCGCCCGGCGCCAGCGAGAACGAGCUGAAGAAGGCAUACAGAAAGUUAGCCAAGGAAUAUCAUCCUGAUAAGAAUCCAAAUGCAGGAGACAAAUUUAAAGAAAUAAGUUUUGCAUAUGAAGUACUAUCAAAUCCUGAGAAGCGUGAGUUAUAUGACAGAUACGGAGAGCAAGGUCUUCGGGAAGGCAGCGGCGGAGGUGGUGGCAUGGAUGAUAUUUUCUCUCACAUUUUUGGUGGGGGAUUGUUCGGCUUCAUGGGCAAUCAGAGUAGAAGUCGAAAUGGCAGAAGAAGAGGAGAGGACAUGAUGCAUCCACUCAAAGUGUCUUUAGAAGAUCUGUAUAAUGGCAAGACAACCAAACUACAGCUUAGCAAGAAUGUACUCUGUAGUGCAUGCAGUGGCCAAGGCGGAAAGUCUGGAGCUGUCCAGAAGUGUAGUGCUUGUCGAGGUCGAGGUGUUCGCAUCAUGAUCAGACAGCUGGCUCCAGGGAUGGUACAACAGAUGCAGUCUGUGUGCUCUGAUUGUAAUGGAGAAGGAGAGGUAAUUAAUGAAAAAGACCGCUGUAAAAAAUGUGAAGGGAAGAAGGUGAUUAAAGAAGUCAAGAUUCUUGAAGUCCACGUAGACAAAGGCAUGAAACAUGGACAGAGAAUUACAUUCACUGGGGAAGCAGACCAGGCCCCAGGAGUGGAACCCGGAGACAUUGUUCUUUUGCUACAGGAGAAAGAACAUGAGGUAUUUCAGAGAGAUGGGAAUGAUUUGCACAUGACAUAUAAAAUAGGACUUGUUGAAGCUCUAUGUGGAUUUCAGUUCACAUUUAAGCACCUUGAUGGACGUCAGAUUGUGGUGAAAUACCCCCCUGGCAAAGUAAUUGAACCAGGAUGUGUUCGUGUAGUUCGAGGUGAAGGGAUGCCGCAGUAUCGUAAUCCCUUUGAAAAAGGUGAUCUUUACAUAAAGUUUGAUGUGCAGUUUCCUGAAAACAACUGGAUCAACCCAGACAAGCUUUCUGAACUAGAAGAUCUUCUGCCAUCUAGACCAGAAGUUCCUAACAUAAUUGGAGAAACAGAGGAGGUAGAGCUUCAGGAAUUUGAUAGCACUCGAGGCUCAGGAGGUGGUCAGAGGCGUGAAGCCUAUAAUGAUAGCUCUGAUGAAGAAAGCAGCAGCCAUCAUGGACCUGGAGUGCAGUGUGCCCAUCAGUAAACUCUGCAAACAAAUUGCACAGGUGGAUUUUCUUUCCACAUUUGCCUGAUUUGUUCUCAGCAAUCCAGCUGGAGUGUCUUAUCAAUCCAGAUGAACUGAGGGACAUCUGUUGGUCUAUGUAUAACUUUUAAAAUUGGUAUAGUAUCUACAGAGUGUAUAAUUUAAACUAACCACAAAGCUUUACAUCUUCAUUUUGACUGUUCCAUAGCAGAAUAAAGCACUUGAAAGGAAACAAGACUCCCUUUCACACAUGGAUUAUUAUAAGUUUCAAUCCUGGUAUCUGUGCUUGAUUUUUAUCAGUUUUGUGUAGAUUUUUAUGUUUCAUAUUUUAAAUUUAAAUCCCACAUUGUAAAGUUUGUACAAUUUGUCCUGAAGCUUUGUGUUUGGCUGCACCUGCAUAAGCUGCUACAAAUAGAAUAAAGAAUUUCAUAGCCUGUAUCUAUCAUUUAGAUGCAUGGAAAAAAAUGGGCUUUGCACACAAUGGGUUUGGAGCUGACUGGGAACAAUGGAAAAAAUUACAUUAGCUGUGGUUGUAAAGUUUUUUUGUUUUUGGGUUUUUUUUGUUUUGUUUUGUUUUCUUUUUUCUUUUUUUUUUUUUUUUUUUACCAUCUUGUGAAAGGUUUCUGAAACUCGAUAAUAAAAAGAGGUUGGUGUAAAUUAUUCUUUUGUGUCACAUUUUUAGAAGGAAAAACAUAAAGAAUGUAUCCUUAGUGCUGGUUCUUAAACAGCCCAUAAAAACCCAUUGGCCUGAAGCUUGUAUCUCAGGCCUGUGCCCAUCUUAUAGUCUUGGAAGACAAAAGGCUGGUAGAGACAGUCUUCAGUGGCUUCAGUGAUGCUCUGUAGAGGCCAGGGUGUUCUUGAGUGCUGUAACUCCCAAGCACUGGGCUAGCCUGACUUCUGUAUCUCCCUACCACCACCCCCUUAAAAAAGUAAGGUAACAGCAAAUCUAUAGUAAAACCAUGUCUGCAUAGAACGUGUUCAAAUCCUCUGUUUUCAUUAAAUGUAAAAGUAAAAGACGCUCUGUCUCCAUUAAGUUGAAUAUUUGGAAUUGGAGAAGCCAUUGAUUAUUAUUUUGAGUUUCUAUAAUGUUUUAUAGAAAAGUAAGAUGCUUAUUCAGAUUUUAAGAAUGAAGGCAACUGAAAUAUGCAUUGUUGUAGUUAUUUAUAUUUCAAACUUAAGAAAAUAAGCAAAAAAAAAAGGCUGGUUUGAGAAAAAUCAGGUAAAACCGAUGAAAAGGAUGUUGUGUUUCUCUUUCUAUCAUCUGGUUUUUACCAUUUCACUCUCAGUAGGUAUUUUUAGAACACACUUAUUUGAGAGAAGAGACAUCAGAUGCACAAUUUUACAUUUAUAAAGGAACAAAUGGGGAAAACUGAAAACUAAAAAUCUUAAAUAUAUUAAAUGCCAUCCCUGAGCCUAAAUCUAGUAUUUGUAGUUUAUUUCUAGGUCUACUAGAACCUGAAAACCUGAAUGAAAAAAGGUGUGCUGACACUAAUCAAGUCCUGUGAGGUUUAAAUUAUUGACCUAUCCACUCUACCUCCAUUGUACAAAAAAUAUUUUACAAGAAGCCUGGGCAAGAUUCAACAGCAUAAUAGUUUUGUAUCCAAGGUUACUUCCCCACAACCACUUUAAACAUAAGAAAUGCGGUGGCAAUAUAAAGUUUGUAGCCUUUCCAAUAAAGGUUUAUAAAACAGUU